UCUAAUUAAUUAAUUUGUGAAGUAAUGGAGGCAAGUGCACCUGAUUUUGCAUUGGCACAUGGGUUCCCCAUGAAUAUGAUAAGUGUAGUAGAUGAUAAGUUCUGUGUUGCAAACCCAACAGAAAUGAUUGUGAAGAAGAAAUACAAUGGAUUGUUGUUGAAGCAACGUUACAAAGUGAAAGAUGUUAAUGGUAAACUCUUGCUUCAAGUUGAUGGGCCAAGCUUAAGCAUCCACAAAAAGAGGGUUAUGCGUGAUGCUCAAGGUUCACCAAUCCUCAUAAUGCAAGAGAAGGUUAAAAUGGUAUCGCUCCGGCACCGGUGGACGGUUCAUAGAGGGAAAAGCUCAGAUGAUAAGAAUGUGAUAUUUGGGGUGAAAAGGUCACACCCAAUGGACAUGAAACCACGGCUUGAUGUGUUCAUGCCUGGUAAUACUGAUGAAGAUGUAAGCAACUUUCAAGUUGUUGGUAGCCACAUUCAAAAAUCUUGCACUAUUUACAAAGGUGACACCAUCAUUGCUCAGGUAAGUGAUGUGUUCCCAAGCAGAAACUUCAGCAAAUGGAAAGAAAGCUAUAAAGUGAAGAUUAAUGAAGGGGUGGAUUAUGCUUUCGUCGUGGCAUUACUUGUAAUAUUAACCGUAAAUGACUACAUUUGAAUUUGGUUUC